GCAAGCUGUUUCCUAAGUAGUGUAGUUCGCAGACUGUUACCCAAGCCAGAUCACCACAAACUAUAGAUCAAGAGGCUGAGGCCGCCGGUGAGUCUUCCCUCGUCCGUAUCUUCGAGAAUACUGACGAUGGACAGGAUGACGUGACAAGAAAAGAAAAAAAAUAACCCACACCUGUCACUCCUUCAGCCUACCAGAUUGUUUGUCGUUCACCAUUGACCGAGAAGAAGGGAGUCCUGUCGCUUCGGCUCAGCUGUUUGACGUCUAUUCUUGAAACGCACACUUAGUCAUCCUUGCCGACACGCACCCAUUCGUCGUCGAGUGAGACUUUAGGGUCAGGAUGAGCGCCCAAGAGACAACAGCCCUUCUGGGCUAUGGGGGUACGCCCAGGAUCCUGGAAACUCCGCCCACGCCUCGGCGGAGCUUCUUCGAGGCCCAGGAGAGCUCGCAUCACUUAUCAAAGCUUCCUGAGCCUCCCAAGGGCAUCAGCGUCUUUACCUCCAUCUGUUACGUGGUGGGUGUCUUCGGUGUCAUGCCUGUCGUGGCACUUCCCGGUGCGAUUGUGUAUUGUGGCUGGCCCGGAUUCCUCAUAGCGGGUUUGCUGCUGCUGACGGAGGCGUACACCGCGACUCUCUUGGGGCGGAGCUGGCUGCUGCUUGAAGUGUUCUGGCCAAGGGAAGCUGCAGCACAGCGCAGGUACCCGUACCCGGCUCUUGCGGAAAAGGCCGGAGGUCCCAUCUUGAGGAAGGUCGUUAGCUGCAUCUUGGACGUCGCUCUUUUUGGUGCCGCUGUUCCCUUCAUGCUGCUGGCUGCUGAGACACUCCAGUCGUUAGUCGCUCGUCUGGCAGGUCUAGAUUUCUCCUUCUGCUACUGGCUUCUGAUCACCACAUUCUUUCUAACGCCUCUGUUGUGGUAUGGGACCCCAAAGGACCUUGGUCUGGUCACUUGGCUGGGCGCAGGAUCCGUAGUCGUCGUCAGCCUCCUCACAAUCAUCAGCCUGACGUUAGACGCCCCUGCGAUCGCGCCCUCGGCACCAGACUCCACCCCUUCGUGGACGGCAAUAGCAUAUUGCUUUGGCGCUGUGGCUUUCCAGUUUGAUAUUCACCCUAUGAUUUUGACUGUUCAGAAUGACAUGAGAGAGAAGAGCCGCCUGCCUGUCGCUGUCAUUGUGGCCUUCAUUGUGGCAGCAACUGCAUUCGGAAGCGUGAGCAUUGUGGCCUUCACGCUCUACGGCGACACCGUCAAGACCAACAUUUUGAACAACCUCAACGGAGGGCCUCUCCUAUACGCCAACAUGGCCAUUGUCGCAUUGCAGAUGCUUCUGUGUUUGGUGUUGGGGAUCAACACCCUCUUCCAGGACCUAGAAAACACGCUACAGAUACCUGACAGCUUCGGGUGGCGCCGCAUAUGUCUCCGCACGCUGGUGAUGCUGGCGAUCCUGUUCGUGUGCGAGUCCAUCCCUCACUUCGGGGUCGCUAUCGAGCUGGUGGGAGGCUUCCUCGUCACGCCUUUCAUCUUCAUUUUCCCGCCGAUAUUCCACAUACUAAUCAAGAAAAAGGCGAGUGGCCGCGUGGAUGUGAAGGACCUGGUGCUGGCCUCCAACGUGGUGACGAUCGGCCUCAUCGGCAGCUACGCCGCCACGUCCGAGAGCUUCAUCCAGGUCUUCCAGCUGACGGACUUCGCGCCCCCCUGCUACAUCAACCUCACGGCCGCCACCUCUUCGGUUCGCCAGGAGUCCUCGGACUAAAGAAGCACAUACAAUAAAUAUGUCCGCUACUGCACUGUAGUGAAUGUUAUAUAUUUUGUACAGAACUAUAAUUGUAGGAAUAUAUAUGCAAGUUUGCAAGAUAUGUUUUUAUAUUCAUCGAUUUGGCAAAGGUCCUCUACAGAAUAAUACGAUUUCCUUCAGACUGCCGAAAAUACCAAACACUGAAAAUCAAAACAAGAUAAAUAAUUAUGACAGUGAUUAUUGUAAGCGACAUUAAUUGUAAUACAAAUAAAUAUGAUAAUUGUAAGGAACAAGAGGGCUUGGUGAGAAGAAAAACAUAGUUGAUAAUUAUAGCCAAACCAAGGUGAAGUAGAUCAUGGAUCGCGAACCAAAGCAACUUUUUUGUUGCACAGAGACAUGGAUCGAAGUUUUGCUAUUUUAAAAUUAUAUGGGGUAAAAUUGCAUAAAAAAUACUGAAUUGCAAAUGCAUUAUUAUCUUGUGUAAUGAUAAAUCAAACCACUGCAUCGCAGAACCUCUGGCUAUCCUGUAACCCAGGUGUUUACCUUUCCAAAACGAAUCAAAAGAAAUACAUGAUCUUUACAAAAGUUCGAACACCAUGUUUAAAUACGUGUUUUGUUGCCUUGUUCAAGAGAUCCUGUUGUUCGGUCAAGCAGAAUGUGAUUGGACGAAUAGAACUAAAAUGAUAUGACUCAUUUUAUAUCAUAUAUUUGGUUUACUCUUAAGAACAGUUGAUGUGAAUAAAGGGA